CUCCCCGCGCUUCUCCCUCCCACUGCUCCUCUCAACUUCCAAGCUAUUCCCCCUGUCCCGUACUAAAUGCCUCCCUUCUUCUCCUACACCACUCUCCCCUACCAACUCACGGAGGGCCCAUAUCCCAUGCGCGAGUUCUCGGAGUAUUUGGUGGAGCUAACUGACGUGGAGCUGCUGCCCUUCGCCGACGAAGACGCGUGGGGGUUGCACCGUGCGCUGUACAAGUCGGUGGCGCUGGGGAUGUUCCGGUUCUUCGUGGAUCACGAAGACCACUGCAUCGGGGAGCACUUUGUCGUCUACUACGUCAUCACACGGCCCAAGCCAGCGAAGAAGGAAGGGACGGUGGCGCUGUACCCCUUCGCCCAGCUCCAGACGAUCGAUCCGGGAUUGUUGGAGCUCAUACACCUUGAGCUCCUCUCCAUUGCGCAAGUGAUCGCGAGCGAGGACGAGGAGAUCCAACCGCGAUUGCGGACGGCGACGGCCCCGCGGAGGACGUACAACGCGGUCAUCAUCCCGGAUUUCAUUGCGCAGCGGGCGGAGAGGUUGGCGGACUUCCCGGAGGAAAGGCAGCGGGCGGAGAGGUUGGAGGACUUCCCGGAGGAAAGGCCUUUGUGGCCUCCACCAAAGGCCCCUGAGAAGACGCCGAAGAGGAAGAGACGCCACCCGUUGCCAGGAGCGCAAGGCAGCAGGAUCGGCGGCGGCGAGGAAGUGAUUCAGCCCUCGUGUGUGGCGACGCUUGUUAAGGAGAUAGUCGUGCCAUCGCCACCCUUUCCACUUGUGCCUGAUCUCAAUCUUGAUGGAGCCGGGCCAUCAUCAUCAGCAGCAGCCGGAGGAGGAAGCCGAAUGGGAUUUCCGGAUCCCAUAUCCAAACCCCCCGUCCUCACGGGACCUCUCCGUUCCCGCCAGCCACCCUGGGGUGCCCCGGUCAUUGACAUUAGUAGUUCCUCCGAGCCGGACGGUCCAUCCGACAGAGGUGGACUUCAUGGUGGAGCCCGCCACCAUUAGGCUCGAGGCCAUCGCGGGGGCGCCGCACCCUGAU